AUGAUCUGCAACGUGUGCCUUGGAAAAGUCCUCGUUGACGGUGGCAGCGGAUUAAACAUCCUCGUUACCACCACGUUCAAGGAGAUUGGUCUCUGUGCUAUGGAUCUGAAUCCGACGCAGAUGCCCUUCUUCAACAUUGUCCCGGGUGACCCAGCAGUACCUCUAAGACAGAUCACGCUGUCAGUUUCCUUUGGUACGAUUGAAAACUACCAUACCGAGUACCUCCGCUUCAUCGUCGCAGACUUUGACACCGUCUACCAUGGCAUACUCGGCAGACUAGCUCUGGCAAAAUUCAUGGUUGUUCCGCACUAUGUCUACAUGAUCAUGAAGAUGCCUACUCCAACUGGAGUUAUCACAGUCCUGGGCAAUGUGCGCACGGCAUACGAUUAUGAGAAGGAAAACCUUCAUCAGAUCACAGCCACCCUAGAGCUCUCAGCGCACAUGGAGGAAGUCCUCACCGCCUCUAAGAAGAAAGCACUGGAGAAACUAGAGAUACCAAGAAGCUAG